AUGGCGGACGAACAAGAAAUCAUGUGCAAAUUAGAAAACAUCCUGGAAAUCCGGUAAGAGCAGGGAAAAGAGUGGUGGUCAGCUGUUUUGACACGUACAGAGAGACGUUAUCUUAGCUAACGUUAGCUGACCGCGGAUGAGCCCCUUGGCUUCGCUUUUGUUAGUAAGCUAGCUCAAAUUAGCCGGGUCUGCUGCAAAUCCUGUCCAAGAGGCGUUUGCUAGUCGCAUUUCGGGUUGUUUCUGACGUUAUGGAAAAAACAAUCAUUCCAGAUGAGAUUUAUCGCGGGUGAAAGAAUCUUAAAUUAAGCAAAAUGUUCAGAUUAAACGCGCAAGAAAUUUCCAGAUGUGUAUUAACAAAAUGCCAGAUGUGCGGCGCUCAUUAAUUCCGUUAGUGAGUUAGCUACUUUGCUGGUGAGCUUUACCGGUGUGUCAUUAAAAUCCCCGAUGGUGUUUGUUGUUAUGACAGUGUAACGGGUUAACAAGCUUCAUUACUUCAUUUAUUUAAUACAUCACUUUACGGCUGGUGUGAUUACUCGCCUUAUGUCACUAUUGCCAAACAUGUAUAAAGUUGAUCCUGACUUCACCAACAUUCAAAGCAGAGCGGUACAGAUGGAAAAGAUUUAGAGAUGUUUUAGUGAGAAAACUUGCCUUUUUUAUCUGCAUCAUGAUGAGAAAUAAUCUGACAGCUGGUGCCUUUUGUCUGGGUCUCUGACUGCAGGAACAAGACAAUCCAGAUGCAGAAAAUCAAAUCUCGUCUCAAGGUUGAGUUUGAGGCUCUGGAGUCUGAAGAGAAGCAUCUUAAAGAGUAUAAACAAGAAAUGGAUCUGCUCCUACAAGAGAAAAUGGCACAUGUGGAGGAGCUUCGGCUUAUCCAUGCUGAUAUCAAUGUGGUGAGUGAGUGCUUCAGAUGUUCCUGAAAUCUCUGAGUAUGAUCAGCAACACAAAUGUACUUAUGCAAUUGAAGCACCUGUGUGAUUCUCAGUGUUAAAAUUUCUUGGGGUGGUGCACCCACAAAUUGCUUAUGCUGAGCAUGUAAUUCCACAAAUGCUAAUAUUGAAAUACCCAAUCUUUUCCUUUUAGAUGGAGAGUACCAUCAAGCAGUCGGAGAAUGACCUGAAUAAACUGCUUGAAACAACUCGCCGCCUACAUGAUGAGUACAAACCUCUGAAGGAGCAUGUUGAUGCUCUCAGGAUGACACUAGGUCUACACAGGCUCCCGAACCUGAACGAGGAGGAGGAAAAGCUUUCUCUGGAGUCAGUAUACACACAAAAACUGAUACAUCCAUGCACAAAAGUCUCUUACAGAGAAGCACUUCAGUACAGAUUAGUGCACAUUUACAUUUACAAUAAUAUUUCUGACAACAAAUGAAAGUUUUUGUUCCAUAAACACAUGUUAAGUGCUGUAUCAUUCUUUUUGGACAUCAAUGCACUGUGCGUAUGUGUUUUUUGUUCUAUGCAUUAGGGCCCGACCGAUAUGGAUUUUUUGGGGCCGAUAUGGAUAAUUAGGGAGGAAAUUUUUUUUUUAGUUUUUAAAGUUUUAAAAUUUUGUAAAUUUAAGUAAUAUAUCAACAGAUUUACUUAUUUUUUUAACAAAUGGCUGCUUUUGAGCCUUUCAAACACUUCUCAGUAACAUUAACCCCAGUAAUAUUUCACGUAUUUAUCAUGAAUCAAACUCGGACCAGAAAAGUGUUUUCAACUGUUGCGCCAUCCACAGGAUAAGUCAGGGAACUUUUCAUAUGGCGGAACAUUUUCGAAGUGAAGCCGAAUCAAAUUCUCCGCAUUUUUUUUCCGAAAAUAUCGGCGAAAAUUGGCGAGUUUUGACAGCUUACCGAUUAGUCUCAAAUGGGCUAAAAUUGGCCGAUUUAAUCAGCUCGCUGAUAAAUCGGUCGGGUACUACUAUGCAUAUGAAUGGAAUAGGACAAUCACCGCCAUAGUCAAAUGGUAGUAAAAACUUAUCAGAUGGUGGACUACAUUGCAAUAUUCAGCGGUCAAAGUUGGGUUAGUCUGUAUAAACAUGACUCUAAGAGUGAUCACAGCUGUGGAUGACCUUUUGGCUUCCUGAGCAUUGGCAUAGUACUAGAGAGCAGAAUGUAAACCGUGGUGUUCUAUAAUUGCACAAGAAUUAAAAACAAGCAUCCACCAGGGAGAAACUGAGUACUGUGCGAAGCUCAAAUGAAUCUGACUCUCAAUGACAUAUGAGCAGCGAAGGUAAUUUGAUUAAUUUGAAGGCCUUAGCUUCAUGUGAUUGACAAAAUCCAGGAAAAAAAAUCCAAGAAUGGAGCCUCGUAGCAGACCUCAUGUACUCAGUUGUAUCAUUUAUGAUCCUAAAAAGACAUUAGUUACAGCACCAACAGUGUGGACUAAGCACAACAGUGGAGUUCAGGCUGAGAAGAACGCCAGUACGUGGUUUUUAAUGAAAUUUUGAAGGUUAUAUUUUUGCAAGGGAUGCACAAAAACAAUCUUUGUCGGGGGAGCACAUGGUCCAGAAAUAGUUUUGACGCAAAAGACGACCGAAUCAAGUGAUCAGCCUUUUUAUGUUACUGUAUUUUGAUAAGGGCAGUGACUGUAGGUAAAUAAAGAGGGAUAACUAAGCCAUGACUGAGAAGGUCAGGGAUGCUUUCCUGCCAAUUAGCGAGAAUAGAGGCACAUUCAGGGUCAGAAGGUUCAUUUUGUAGUUGUUUUAAAAUUAAACGUUUUGAAUUAGGCUAUAAAACAAUCAUGCUUGGAGCAAUAAGAUAUUUUGAUCCACUAAGGGAAAACAGAUGAUUCAUUUUUCUUCAUUUCAUUUUAGAUUAAUUGAAUAUGAAAGUCCAGUGAUUCAGUUACAUUCUCAUACUCCUCUGCCAGAAACAAAGAUGUUGUUAUGUAUGCACAUACUGAGAUAUUUUCAGAAUUAAAACAGAAGUAAAAGAUAGUUGCAUUCACAUUUCAGGUUAAUGCAACAUCAUUUGAGCAUCAGCAAAAGAGGACAGCUAAGAAGAUUUCAGUUUAAAAUACAGUUGCAACACUGUAGUAAACAUAGUGAUUAAUUGCAGUAUUAAAUUCUGCUUUUGUAGUUAGGAAAAGUACAGACUGCUGCAGUGAAGCAUCUGAGUGGCUGAUCCGGGAGCAUGAGCGAAGCCUUUAAAGGCAGCUGUUGACAUGACGGACAGUUGGAGGUCAUGAGUUGCUGGGUCAGCUGCUGAUUAGCUGGAAAGUUUUAAAACAGACACCGAAAUCAGAUUCUCGGAUGUCAGGGAAAGUGGCUUUGUACUUGCCUUCAUCACCAUGGUGUCUGAGAUCUUUUUUUCUUUUAAUGAGAAGUGCAGAAAAUAUGCCGGAGCUUUUUCCUAAGACACCGUGAGUCGAAGCGAAGAAAAGGUAAGAUAGGUAACUAAUGUUUAACAUGGUUUGGUAUUGAGCAGUUAAUUUUCUACUGUGUCUUGUUAGUGGUUUGAUGGCCAUCAGUGGUCUGAGGAACCUGAAUGAUUGUCUGAUUGGUUGACAUGGUGAGCUGACUGUCAUGGCUUUGAUGUGCAGAACAAAUCAAAAGACCUUUAAAUCACCUCAAAUUGGAGCAAGAAUAUUUUGAAGAACAAAAAAAAGGGUUUUUCAAAUAACACAUUUGAGACUUUGAACACAAAACAAGUCCAUCCACUAAAAUAAGGUGAUAAGAAAGCCUCAAAAGCAGAUACCUGUAAACCAAAUUAAAUCAACAGAAGAGAAACUUCACUAUCAGGGAGUAGAGGGAGCAAAUGGAAAAUGAAUGUUGUAAUUAAGGUGAACGAGCUGUUUAAGUGCCUUAAAAAUGCAGAAGGGCUAAUGGCUUUUAGAUUCUGGCAUUUAAAUCUCCAACUUGAAUUUAAGUCAAAAUUGGCUAUGUUCUUUCUUGAUCAACACUUAAGACAUUAGAGUCCCAUUAAGGGAUCUAACAUCUUAAACGUCUCACUGCGGUAAUGUGCUGGAUAUUUGACUAGCUUAAGGCUUAAUGAUUUGAAAAGUGUUCUUCAGGUGGUCUUGGAUAAGUCUUUUUUUUUUUUUUUUGCAUAUUCAGAAAAAUCAGAACUGACUGAUUUGCUCCUCUGAUUUUCCAGAUUUAUUGGCUUGAGAAAAUGGCAAAGAUGCCCUAGUGGUGAAAUUAGAAUUUUGAAAACCCUGGUACUCACAAUAUUGCAGGCGCAUCAUAGGGACACAGCAGUCAGAGUCGUAGUCUGACAUCAGUCAGCUGAGUGUGAUAUUUGGACUUGACGGUUUGUUUUGAUGGAGGUCUGACAUAAUUGAAUGAUAACACUGUUAAGCUAGAUGUCUAGAGUCUUGAUUUGAUUAUUUUUGUACAUGCGACUGGAGAGGACACAGAUGUCUGACCUCAGAACAAUGUGUCACUGGCCUGAAGCUUUUGUGAUAAGUGAGUUGUGUAUUUAUGGCCAGGGGUAUGAAGCGGAGCAAUGGGAAGCAUUCGUGUUGUCAAGUGUACAUGUUGACAGUUGACUAUUUAGACCGAACUUUAAGACCGUAAAUGAAUAUACAGACUUGAGAGAUGGAGUUAAAAAAUGGCUUGAUUUUUACUGUGUCUUCUCCUCAUUGUGCAGCCAAAUUUUAGACACACUUCCCAGUGGUGGUCCUGGCUUUGUUGAUCCAGUACUCACUGGUACAACCAUCAAGAAUUGACUUUCUGUUCAUUUUUAGACAUUUUCUCUCUUGAAGAUUCACUUGGGAAAUACAGAAGAGAUUGAAUUGUGCAGCUCUGGUUGGUUCUGGGGAUUGAUGUGCUGAAAAUGAAUUUUUCUUUGCAUAAAGAGCUUUAGUUGUGAGAAAGUGUGCUGGGGUACUGCUGUUCUACACGCUGACAGCCUUGUUGGCAGGCUAGCUCGUCAGUUUGGCGGUGCACUGUGUGGAAGCUCAGAUGAUGAGUUCAUUUCUGUCCAGAUGGUUCUGUCUCUCCUUUCCUUCUCAGUAUCAUGAUCCUUGAUGUUCCCUGAGAUACUCCGAGGUUUGAGGCUUAUCACUUUUGUUCUUUGCCGCUUUGACUAAAAAGACAGAUCUCAUCACUUAGAGAGAUUUAUGGUGAUGUCUGUGUGAUCAGGAUGGUGAUGAUGUCAAAACUAUCUGCGCGACACCUCUGCUGCCAGCAAAGUAAUUCAUGGGUAAUUUUACCCAGCAGUAAUGGGGCCCACUGUAAUUGUUUUACAAAGUGUAAUGGAGCAACCUCACAGAAAAUUAAGUCACACAUCACAGGCCUGUGGGGUGUUGAGGACAUUUUGAGGUAGUCUGAAGAGUGAUUUAUCAGCAUACAAAUGAGCACUCCACUGCCCAGAAAUACCGAAGACUGAAGGCAAAAUAUUAACUUGAAUAAAACAAAAAUGGUAUUUGAAACUGAGGUAAAAAAGAAUUGUGAUUUUUACCUAUAAUCCUGAUAUUUGAUGGUUUUGUGGAUCAUAAUAACAAGAAAUAAAGCCAUUUAAAUAGGUUCUGUCAAUGCUUUAUUACAAACCUAUUUUGAGAGGAACCAGAGAGCGUAAAGAAAUGGGAUAUCACUUUUUUUUACUUUUGAAAAUGGGCCAGUCAGGCAUAAAGUCCAAGGCCAAAUUUCUUUCCCAGCCCUCCCCUGCCCACACACACACACACACACACACACACACACACACACACACACACACACACACACACACACACACACACACACACACACACACAGAGAGACAAAUACUCACAAUAACUGUACUUUUUCUCAAAGUUGCACACAAAAAGAGGAUGUGUGAGAUUUGCUACAAUGUUCUCCAAUUUAAGUCUCUUUUGUAUUUGGUUUUGCCACUCCACAUCUCUAGAUACACAGUGUAGAUGAGAUAAUCUCAACUGUGAUAUGAUUCAUAGACUCUAAAUAAGAAUCACAGCUAGCCAGGUUUUUCUCUUUCUUUGCUUUGAACAGUUACUUUGAGAAGCAGAAAGCGGAGUGGCAGAAGGAGCCUCAUGAGCCCGCCAUCCCAGAAUCCCUUGCUGCCGCCGCAGCAGCAGCACAACAGCUUCAGGUGUCCAGGAAGCAAGAUGCACGCCAGACAGCCACAUUCAGACAACAACCCCCACCUAUGAAGGUAUUUCCGCUGAUGAUCUGAAAGGGCUGCUUGGAAUAGUUGUUGGAUUGACUAAACAAAGUAACGGCCAUUUUUAAUCAAAAUGAGACCAUAGUUAAUCAGGCAGGACCUUAUGACUACUUUUUACAUUUGAUUUUGAUUGUUAUACGUUGAAUAUUGAUUAAAACUGUAGGAAAUCAACUCAGACAUCACCGAAGAGUAUGAAGAGUAAAAUGAUAAAAAUCAGGCGGAACACUCAGAAAGAACCGGACAAAGCUGCUUGCCUGUCUCUUAAACGCAGCAUGAACAUAUUUUGGAUUGCUAAAUAUCUGCUUUCCUCUCCAGGCUUGCCUGUCCUGCCACCAGCAGAUCCACCGUAAUGCUCCCAUCUGCCCACUGUGCAAGGCCAAGAGCCGCUCCCGCAACCCAAAGAAGCCCAAGAGGAAGCCAGAUGAGUAG